AUGGGCUCUGACAGCAAACUUGCUCCAGGAUGGAGAGCUCUGCCUGGGAUUCUGAGUGGGAAGAGGGGGGUGGAGAGUAGAGAGGCUAUUUCAGGCAGGGCCUGGGGAAGAGCCAAGUCCGGGAGGCCAGAUGUCCACGUGGGACUGAGGACAGGCGGGCCCCUGGGGCACGGAGCGGAGCGCAUCCUGGCGGUGCCGGUGCGCACUGACGCCCAGGGCCGCUUGGUGUCUCACGUGGUGUCGGUGACGACUGCCCAGGCCGGGGUUCGGGCCCGCAGGGCUGCCCCCGUCCAGACCCCGGGCUUCCCUGGAAGCAGAGAGGACCCUGACAGCCGACUUUUCUACAAUGUCACGGUCUUCGGCCGAGACCUGCACCUGCGGCUGCAGCCCAAUGCCCGCCUCGUGGCACCCGGGGCCACGGUGGAGUGGCAGGGUGAGUCCGGCGCCACCCGCGUGGAGCCUCUGCUUGGGACCUGCCUCUACACUGGAGACGUGGCUGGUCUCACUGAAGCCUCCUCCGUGGCGCUCAGCAACUGCGACGGGCUGGCUGGCCUGAUCCGUAUGGAGGAGGAGGAGUUCUUCAUCGAGCCACUGGAGAAGGGGCUGGCGGCGCAGGAGGCUGAGCAGGGUCGUGUGCACGUGGUAUAUCGCCGGCCAUCCAGCCCCCGACUCCCCUCUCUGGGCGGGGCACAAGCCCUGGAUACAGGGGCCUCGCUGGGCAGCCUGGACAGCCUCAGCCGUGCCCUGGGCGUCCUGGAGGAGCGGGUCAACAGCUCGAGGCGCAGGGCCCGCAGACACGCGGCCGAUGACGACUACAACAUCGAGGUCCUGCUGGGUGUGGACGACUCGGUGGUCCAGUUCCACGGGAAGGAGCACGUGCAGAAGUACCUGCUGACGCUCAUGAACAUCGUCAAUGAAAUCUACCACGACGAGUCCCUGGGGGCCCACAUCAACGUGGUGCUGGUGCGGAUAGUCCUGCUGAGCCACGGGAAGUCGAUGAGCCUCAUCGAGGUCGGAAACCCCUCUCAGAGCCUAGAGAAUGUCUGCCGCUGGGCCUACCUCCAGCAGAAGCCGGACACGGGCCACGAUGAAUACCAUGACCACGCCAUCUUCCUCACGCGGCAGGACUUCGGGCCCUCGGGCAUGCAGGGCUAUGCCCCUGUCACCGGGAUGUGCCACCCCGUCCGCAGCUGCACCCUGAACCAUGAGGACGGCUUCUCCUCAGCGUUCGUGGUGGCCCACGAGACCGGCCACGUGCUGGGCAUGGAGCACGACGGGCAGGGCAACCGCUGUGGCGACGAGGUCCGGCUGGGCAGCAUCAUGGCGCCCCUGGUGCAGGCGGCCUUCCACCGCUUCCACUGGUCCCGCUGCAGCCAGCAGGAGCUGAGCCGCUACCUGCACUCCUAUGACUGCCUGCGGGAUGACCCCUUCGCCCACGACUGGCCGGCGCUGCCCCAGCUCCCCGGGCUGCACUACUCCAUGAACGAGCAGUGCCGCUUCGACUUCGGCCUGGGCUACAUGAUGUGCACCGCGUUCCGGACCUUCGACCCCUGCAAGCAGCUGUGGUGCAGCCACCCUGACAACCCCUACUUUUGUAAGACCAAGAAGGGGCCCCCCCUGGACGGGACUGUGUGUGCGCCUGGCAAGCACUGCUUUAAAGGACACUGCAUCUGGCUGACACCUGACAUUCUCAAACGGGACGGCAACUGGGGCUCCUGGAGUCCCUUCGGCUCCUGCUCGCGCACCUGUGGCACAGGUGUUAAGUUCAGGACCCGACAGUGCGACAACCCACACCCUGCCAACGGGGGCCGCACCUGCUCGGGCCUCGCCUACGACUUCCAGCUCUGCAACCCCCAGGGCUGCCCCGACGUCCUGGCCGACUUCCGCGAGCAGCAGUGCCGGCAGUGGGACCUGUACUUCGAGCACGGGGACGCCCAGCACCACUGGCUACCCCACGAGCACCGGGACGCCAAGGAGAGGUGCCACCUCUACUGCGAGUCCAAGGAGACGGGGGAGGUUGUGUCCAUGAAGCGCAUGGUGCACGAUGGGACACGCUGCUCCUACAAGGAUGCCUUCAGCAUCUGCGUGCGAGGGGACUGCAGGAAAGUGGGCUGUGACGGGGUCAUCGGCUCCAGCAAGCAGGAGGACAAGUGCGGCGUGUGUGGAGGGGACAACACCCACUGCAAAGUGGUCAAGGGCAUGUUCACACGCUUGCCUAAGAAGCUGGGCUACGUGAAGAUGUUUGAGAUCCCGGCAGGAGCCCGGCACCUGCUCGUCCAGGAGGCAGACCCCGCCAGCCACCACCUGGCCAUCAAGAACUUGGAGACGGGCACGUUCAUUUUAAAUGAGGAGAACGACAUCGAUCCCAAUUCCAAAUCGUUUAUCGCCAUGGGCGUGGAGUGGGAGUACCGGGACGAAGACGGCCGGGAGACGCUGCAGACCAUGGGCCCCCUCCGCGGCUCCAUCGCCGUGCUCGUAAUCCCACAGGGGGACACCCGGAUCUCGCUGACGUACAAGUACAUGAUCCACGAGGACUCGCUCAAUGUGGACGACAACCAAGUCCCAGAAGAUGACUCUGCAGGCUACGAGUGGGCCCUGAAGAAGUGGUCCCUGUGCUCCAAGCCCUGUGGCGGAGGGUCCCAGUUCACCAAGUAUGGCUGUCGCCGGAGGCUGGACCUCAAGAUGGUGCACCGAAGCUUCUGCGAAGCCCUCAAGAAGCCCAAAGCCAUCCGCCGGGCUUGCAACCCGCAGGAGUGCUCCCAGCCCGUAUGGGUCCCUGGUGAGUGGGAGCCGUGCAGCCAGAGCUGUGGGCGGACAGGCACCCAGGUCCGCUCCGUGCGCUGCAUUCAGCUGCUGCACAACAACACCACCCGCUCCGUGCACACCAAGCACUGCAACGACGCCCGGCCCGAGGGCCGCCGGCCCUGCAACCGCGAGCUCUGUCCUGGCCGGUGGCGCGCUGGACCCUGGUCCCAGUGCUCGGUAACCUGUGGCAACGGCACCCAGGAGCGGCCCGUGCUCUGCCGCACAGCAGACGACAGCUUCGGGAUCUGCCGGGAGCAGCGACCUGAGACGGCGAGGACCUGCAGGCUCGGCCCCUGUCCCCGAAACACCUCUGACCCCUCCCAGAAGAGCUACGUGGUGCAGUGGCUGUCCCGACCCGACCCCGACGCGCCGGCCCAGAAGACUUCGUCAAAGGGCCGCUGCCAAGGCGACAAGUCAAUGUUCUGUAGGAUGGAAGUCCUGUCUCGCUAUUGCUCCAUCCCAGACUACAACAAGCUGUGCUGCAAGUCCUGUAACCUGCACAACAACCUCACCGGUGUGGACGACAGGGCCGAGCCGCCCCCCGGAAAGUACAAUGACAUUGAAGAGCUCACACCCACCCUCCCAAUCCCCACCCUCAUCACGGAGGCGCAGCCUCUGCCCAGCGCGCCCCAGGAGGUGCCCGUCAACGCCUCCAGCACCAACACCACUAAGGAUCACCCAGAAACCAAUGCUGUGGACGUGCCCUACAAUAUCAGCGGCCUGGACAAUGAGGUCCAGCCACCCAACCUGAUCCCCCGACGGCCGAGCCCAUACGAGAAGACCAAAAACCAAAGAAUCCAAGAGCUGAUUGAUGAGAUGCGGAAGAAAGAGAUGCUCGGGUAG